AUGGAACAUUCAACCGCUGUACAGGAGAUCUCGGUCAGGGUGGCUGAUUUCCACCGUCGUCAACUACCAUUUCGCAUAUAUCAUGGCGCGACCAAUAGUACUCGACCCUCCAAUCGAUCCCUUUCAAACACCGUCAGCACGGAAGCUCUCUCCCAUGUACUGAAGGUCGAUACCGACUGCUGCACCGCUAUAGUCGAGCCCAAUGUCUGUAUGGACGCUCUUUUGGCCGCUACUCAAGCCCACGGCCUGGUCCCUUUGGUAGUUGUUGAGUUUCCUAAUAUCUCGGUUGGGGGAGCCUUUUCAGGCACGUCUGGGGAAAGCAGCUCGUUUCGCGAGGGAUUCUUCGAUCAUACAGUGAAUUGGGUUGAGAUAGUCCUGGGAGAUGGUCAGGUGGUGAAGGCAUACAACGAUCGUGUCAACACACAUUCGGACCCGGGGGACAAGCGAUCAGACUUGUUCUGGGGCGCGGCUUCUUCCUUUGGAACCCUGGGGGUCGUGACGCUACUGGAGAUUCGUUUGAAGAAGGCGCAACCUUUGGUGGAGCUGCAAUACUACGUCACUUCGAACAUGAACGAGGCGGUGCGUGUCUUUCAAGAGGCCGGCGACGAUCCUGCCACCGAGUAUUUAGAUGGGAUCGUUUAUUCACGAAGCAAGAUUGUUGUUUGUGCUGGAAAACAGGUUCCACAAAGCUCCAAUGUCAAACCUCGAAAUUUUACUCGCCGACAAGAUGAUUGGUUUUAUUUGCACGUCGAGCGCAUUGCUCAAUCCAAGACCUCCGACCGAGAGAAUUCGCUUCGCAUGCCAGAUGCCGUCGACUACAUUCCUCUGACGGACUAUCUCUUCCGGUACGACCGGGGUGGGUUCUGGGUGGCUCGUUAUGCGUUUCGCUACUUCUGUGUUCCGUUCAACUUCCUUACUCGCUGGCUCCUCAACCGAUUCAUGCAUACCAAGGUGAUGUAUCACGCCUUGCACGUCAGUGGGCUUGCGCGUCGGUAUAUCAUACAGGAUGUCGGUGUGCCAAUCUCAACUGCCUCUGAGUUUCUGGACUGGCUGGACCGUCCUGAAAACUUUGCACAGUACCCGCUCUGGCUCUGUCCGCUACCCCCAGGAAGCGCAGGUGGGUUAGAAGGACAGUCAAUGAAUAAUGGAAAGGCAGUGGAUGUGGAGACACAGAAGACACACAAGACACAGCUCCUCAACUUCGGAAUCUGGGGCCCUGCCGCCACUAUAGAUCCAGCUGGGUUUGUGGCCCAGAAUCGGCAAUUGGAACAGAAGGUCCACAAUCUGGGAGGAAAGAAGUGGUUAUAUGCUCAUACUUACUAUGCAGAGGAGGAAUUCUGGGCCAUCUACGACAAGCCCGGGUAUGACUCUCUACGGAAUAAAUAUCAUGCACAGCAUCUUCCAUCCUUGUUUGACAAAGUCAGGGUACGCGAGUCUGAUCUUCCGGGCGCACAUCGGGGAGAGUUCGAGACUGGAUGGAAGGGAUCAGUCAAACGUGCUCUCUGGGACGUUUGGCCCUUUUGUGGUCUUUAUGGGGUCUACAAGGCGUGGAGAGGUGGAGACUAUCUGUUACAGAAGGAGACUCCUCGACAGAAGGCCGAUUGA